UCCUCCUCCGCCUCCUCAGGCCCGGCCAGGGCUCCCUCCGCCAUGGGCUCCCUGUUCCGCAGCGAGACGAUGUGCCUGGCGCAGCUCUUCCUCCAGGCGGGCUCGGCCUACGAGUGCCUCAGCGCCCUGGGCGAGCGCGGCCUCGCCCACUUCCGAGACCUCAAUCCAAGCACCAGUGUCUUCCAAAGGAAAUAUGUGGGUGAAGUUAAGAAGUGUGAAGAGAUGGAAAGGAUACUUGGAUACCUUGUGCAAGAAAUUAAGAGAGCGGACAUUCCUCUACCAGAAGGAGAUGUUACCCCUGCUGCCCCUCCGUUUAAGCAGAUGCUGGAGAUUCAGGAGCAGUUGCAGAAGUUGGAGGUGGAGUUGAGAGAAGUGACAAAAAAUAAAGAGAAGCUGAGGAAGAAUCUCCUUGAGCUGACGGAAUAUACCCACAUGCUACGCGUCACCCGGUCCUUUGUCAGAAGAACUGAGUUCGAGUCCUGUUUACUUACAAAUUAUGAAGAAUUCCCAACUUUAGAAACAGACCGCUUAGUGGACUACAACUGCAUGCAUAGACUCGGUGCCAAACUGGGAUUUAUAUCUGGCUUAGUUCACCGAGCAAAAAUUGAAGCCUUUGAAAAAAUGCUGUGGCGAGUCUGCAAAGGAUAUACAAUUGUUUCUUAUUCAGAAGUGGACGAGUGCCUAGAAGAUCCAGAUACCGGAGAACCUACCAAAUGGUUUGUUUUCUUAAUAUCUUAUUGGGGUGAACAGAUAGGCCAGAAAGUUAAGAAAAUAUGUGACUGCUACCAUUGCCAUGUCUACCCCUAUCCCAGCACCCCUGAGGAGCGCCGAACAGUUAUGGAAGGACUCCAGGUUCGCAUUCAGGAUCUUCAUAUGGUACUGCAUAAAACUGAAGAUUAUUUACGGCAAGUUUUGUGCAAGGCGUCUGAGUCUAUCUACACCUGGGAUGUCCAAGUGAAGAAGAUGAAGGCCAUUUACCACGUGCUGAAUCUCUGCAGCUUUGAUGUCACCAACAAAUGCCUGAUUGCUGAGGUCUGGUGCCCACUGUCUGACCUGCCAAACAUGCGCCGAGCCCUCGAGGAAGGAUCUAGUGAAAGUGGAGCGUCCGUCCCUUCGUUCAUGAACACGAUACCAACAAAAGAAACACCUCCAACUUUGAUACGUACCAAUAAAUUCACCUGUGGAUUCCAGGACAUUGUUGAUGCUUAUGGGAUUGGGAGCUACAGGGAAGUUAAUCCAGCUCUCUUCACCAUCAUCACCUUUCCCUUCUUAUUUGCUGUGAUGUUUGGAGAUUGUGGACAUGGCUUCAUAAUGUUCUUGUUUGCUUUGUUCAUGGUAUUAUAUGAAAAACACCCCAAAUUCCUGCGAUCACAAGACGAGAUCAUGAAGAUGUUUUUUCAAGGACGAUACAUCAUCUUGCUGAUGGGACUGUUUUCUGUAUACACUGGCCUGAUCUACAAUGACUGUUUUUCAAAGUCUUUGAAUAUAUUUGACUCCCACUGGAACGUUUCACAAAUGUUUGCUGUGGAGUGGCGUGAGGAGGACUUGAAGAAUCAGUAUUUGAUGUUAAAUCCAAAUGCGACUGGAGUAUUCAUAGGACCUUAUCCUUUUGGCAUAGAUCCGAUUUGGAACCUGGCAAACAAUCGCCUCAGUUUCUUGAAUUCCUUCAAAAUGAAAAUGUCUAUAAUUAUUGGAGUGACCCACAUGACGUUUGGGGUCAUCUUAGGAGGAUUAAACCACUUGCAUUUCAGGAAGAAGUACAAUAUCUAUUUGGUGUUCAUUCCUCAACUUCUGUUCAUUCUGUCCAUCUUUGGAUACCUGGUUUUUAUGAUCAUCUAUAAAUGGUUGGCUUUUAGCGCCAAGAACUCUGAGUCGGCUCCCAGCAUUUUGAUUUUGUUCAUUAACAUGUUCCUGUUUCCUAAUAAGAGAGAACCACACAUCUUUUUCGAAGGACAGAUGAUUGUACAGAAAUUUCUCCUGUCUAUUGCUGUGCUUUCAGUCCCAGUGCUGCUUUUUGGAAAACCACUUUAUUUAUACUGGUUGAGCAAUGGAGGCCAAAGCAUCGGAGCAUACAGAAAAGGCUACCGGUUAGUACGAAAAGAAAGUGAAGAAGAAAUUGCUCUGUUGAGAACUCACGAUAUUGAAGAAGGAAGCAGCUCUUUGGACCACAGGCACAAAGAUGAGGAGAAAGAAGAGUUUAACUUUGCAGAUGUAUUCAUGGAUCAAGCUAUCCAUACCAUUGAAUACUGUCUAGGAUGCAUCUCCAACUCUGCUUCAUACCUCAGGCUCUGGGCUCUUAGUUUGGCCCAUGCACAAUUAUCAGAAGUCCUCUGGGCAAUGAUCAUGAGAGUGGGCCUUCAUGUGGAUGCGACUUAUGGGAUCAUCCUUCUCAUACCGGUUUCAGCCUUAUUUAUGGUUCUAACAAUAUUCAUUCUUUUAGUCAUGGAAGGUCUUUCUGCUUUUCUACAUGCUGUACGACUUCACUGGGUAGAAUUUCAGAACAAGUUCUACUCAGGCGAAGGAUACAAGUUCACACCUUUCUCCCUUCAAGACAUUUCUGUACAUUGUAAUAGAUACAUUGCAUAGUUUGGCUGCUGUAGUCAGUACAUCUCUAGAGUUGUUUGAAAAUAAUCAUGUACCUAUUUGUCAUUCUUGUACAGUUCAUUGUAGAAAAGAACAACACUGAUUGCCUUACAAUGCAUCCAAAUAAUUUUGUAAUAUAUAACCUCACAUUUGGAUUUUGCAAACAUGGAUUUCUGGUAAAUAGUCAUAAAAAUGUCUGUGUUUUCCAGUCAUGAGCACAUAUAAAUUGAUUUUAAAACUGA